ACGGAGGGGGUGGGGUGGAGGGAAGCCGAUUCCCAGCGGCCUGGAGAGCCAGCGCGGCGGAGAGAGGAGAUUGGAAGGGAAAGCAAACGGGGAGGAGAGAGGGCAGAGGAAACGAGAGACCCGGAGAGGGACUGCGGGCGCCAGGAAAGAGACCGCAAAUCAGCUCUCUCCCCCGGGUCCGGGAGUCCCCGCAAAGCUCAGCUCCACGCGGCAGCCCUGACCGCGACCCGCAGCCCGCGCGCUCCCGGCGCCCCCGGCCGCCGCCUCCGGACGCCGAGGCCGGAGUCCCGCACGGCCGGGCCCGCGGGGCCGCGGUCUGGAAGGAGGCGGUCCGCACUCCUCGGCUUUCCCCACCCCUCCUCCUGGAGGCGGCACCGGGGUAUUUGAGCGGCGGAGGACCUGCGCCCCCCCCCCCCCCGCCUCCGCCCCCCAUUCAAGACGCCGCUCCGCUAUCCGCGCCAGCACAGGGCGCCGCCGCGCCUCGGAGCGCACGGUCCGCGCCUCCUCCUGCGCGCUCCCCGGACAGUAUGCUGCCGAGCGGCGGGGCCGUAGUCCUCCCAGUGCUCCUCCGGCGGCUCCUCCGGCGGCCCGGGCGGCUCGGCUCUCGGCAGGCGGCGGCGGUGCUCAGUCGAGCGCAGGCGGGACCCUCGCGGCGGGACCUCAGCGACUCCUAAAGCCCAGCCCCGGCGGCGGGCGCCGGCCUCCGCGCUCUCCGCGGCCGCCGCAGCCGAGGGGGCAGGUGGGAGGGGGUGAGGGCGGCGGGGGAGGGUGGGGAGCACCAUGCAGUUUGUAUCCUGGGCCGCCCUGCUAACGCUCCUGGUGCGGGAUCUGGCCGAGAUGGCGAGCCCAGACGCCGCGGCGGCCGUGCGCGCGGACAGGCUGCACCCGAGGCAAGUGAAGUUACUGGAGACCCUGAGCGAAUACGACAUCGCGUCCCCCGUCCGCGUGAACGCCCUCGGGGAGCCCUUUCCCACCGACGUGCACUUCAAACGGAGGCGCCGGAGCGUUGACUCCGCCGCUGACCCCUGGCCUGCCUCCUCCUUCUCCUCCUCCUCCUCCGCCGCCGCCGCCUCCUCCCGCGCGCACUACCGCCUCUCCGCCUUCGGCCGGCAGUUCCUAUUCAACCUCACCGCCCAGGCCGGCUUUAUCGCCCCGCGGUUCACCGUCACCCUCCUCGGGGCGCCGGAGGAGAACCAGACCAAGUUCUAUUCCGAGGACGAAGCCGAGCUCCAGCACUGUUUCUACAGAGGCCACGUCAAUGCCCAGCCCGAGCACACGGCGGUCAUCAGCCUCUGCGCCGGCAUGCUGGGCACGUUCCGGUCCCAGGACGGGGAUUAUUUUAUUGAGCCACUGCUGUCCGUGGAUGAGCAGGAAGAUGAAGAUGAACAAAACAAACCCCACGUCAUCUACAGGCUCGGCACUGCCCAUGGAGAGCCCUCCACGGAAAGGCACGCGUGCGACGCCUCAGAACACAGAGAUAGCCACAGUAAAGACAGGAGGAAACCGAGAGCAAGGGAACGGGGAGGACGGAGCAGCCUGGCCGACGACCUGGCAGUGCUCAAGAGCGGCUUCCAGACAAAGGUGCUCUCUGCCUCUGGUAACAAGACGGACAGUGCGGGAGAACAGAGGCCCCACAGAAGAACAAAGCGUUUCAUAUCCUACCCACGGUUUGUAGAAGUGGCGGUGGUGGCCGACCGAAAAAUGAUGUCAUACCAUGGAGCAAACCUUCAGCACUACGUUUUAACUUUAAUGUCCAUUGUAGCCUCUAUCUAUAAAGACCCCAGUAUUGGAAAUUUAAUUAAUAUUGUUGUUGUGAACUUAAUUGUGAUUCAUAAUGAACAGGAAGGACCGUCCAUCUCUUUUAAUGCCCAGACGACACUGAGGAACUUCUGCCUGUGGCAGAAGAACAAUACAGGUGGGAUCCAGUACGAUACCGCCAUCCUGAUAACGAGACAGGACAUCUGCAGAGCUCAGGACAAGUGUGACACGCUAGGUCUGGCUGAACUGGGAACCCUCUGUGAUCCCGCCAGAAGCUGUUCUAUCUGCGAAGAUAAUGGAAUGAGCACGGCUUUUACCAUAGCCCACGAACUAGGCCAUCUGUUUAAUAUGCCUCAUGACGACAGCAAUAAGUGCAAAGAAGACGGAGUCAAGAGUCCCCAGCAUGUCAUGGCUCCAACAUUGAACUUUUACACCAAGCCCUGGAUGUGGUCAAAGUGUAGUCGAAAAUACAUCACUGAAUUUUUAGACACUGGUUACGGCGAGUGUUUGCUUAACGAACCAGGAUACAGAGCCUACAGUUUGCCUUCCCAACUGCCAGGCCUCCUUUACAACGUGAAUAAACAAUGUGAAUUGAUUUUUGGACAAGGUUAUCAGGUGUGCCCAUAUAUGCAGGUGCAGUGCCGACGACUCUGGUGCAGUAAUGUGGAUGGAGCGGAUGCAAAGAGCAAAGGCUGCCAGACUCAGCACACGCCCUGGGCCGAUGGCACUGAAUGUGAGCCUGGAAAGCACUGCAAGUUUGGAUUUUGUGUUCCCAAAGAAAUGGAGGCCCCCGUGAUUGAUGGAUCCUGGGGAAGUUGGACUCCGUUUGGAACCUGCUCACGAACAUGUGGAGGGGGCAUCCGCAUCGCCGUCCGGGAGUGCGACCGACCAGAGCCAAAGAAUGGUGGAAAGUACUGUACCGGGCGCAGGAUGAAGUUUAGGUCCUGCAACGCUGAGCCGUGUCCCAAGCAGAAGCGCGACUUCAGAGAGGACCAGUGCGCUCAGUUUGACGGGAAGCACUUCAACAUCAACGGGAUCCACCCGAACGUGCGCUGGGUGCCCAAGUACAGCGGAAUUCUGCUGAAGGACCGGUGCAAGCUGUUCUGCAGGGUGGCAACAAGCACCGCCUACUACCAGCUCAAAGACCGAGUGGUGGACGGCACUCCGUGUGGGCAGGACACCAGCGAUAUCUGUGUCCAAGGCCUCUGCCGGCAAGCCGGAUGCGAUCAUGUUUUAAACUCAAAAGCCCGGAGAGAUAAGUGCGGGGUGUGCGGUGGCGAUAAUUCUUCAUGCAAAACAGUGGAAGGAACAUGUAAAGCAGUGCAUUAUGGUUAUAACCUGGUGGUCCGAAUUCCAGCGGGUGCGACCAGCAUCUACGUGCAGCAGAAGAGUAAUUCAGGAAAACUGGAGGACGAUAACUACUUAGCGCUAUCGAGCACUGACGGCGAGUUCUACUUAAAUGGGAACUUCGUUAUCACGAUGGCCAAGAAGGAGAUCCGCAUCGGGAAGGCUCUGAUCGAGUACAGUGGCUCCGACAACCUCAUAGAGAAACUCAACUGCUCAGGCCGCAUUGAACAAGAACUCCUGCUUCAGGUGCUGUCGGUGGGGCAAUUGUUCGACCCCAACGUGUACUACUCGUUCAACGUCCCCAUCGAAGACCGGCCCCCGCAGUUCUACUGGAACAGUCACGGGCCCUGGCAGGCCUGCAGCAAACCGUGCCAAGGAGAGCGGAAACGAAAACUCGUUUGCACCAGGGAGUUCAAUCAGCUCACAGUUUCUGAUCAAAGGUGUGAUCGGCUGCCCCAGCCAAGCCCCAUCACUGAGCCCUGCGGCACAGACUGUGACCUGAGGUGGCAGGUGGCCAGCAGGAGUGAGUGCAGUGCCCAGUGUGGCCUGGGCUACCGCACGUUAGACAUCUACUGUGCCAGGUACAGCCGGCUGGAUGGGAGGACCGAGAAGGUGGAUGACAGUUUUUGCAGCAGUCACCCCAGACCAAGCAGCCAGGAAAAAUGCUCGGGAGAAUGUAACACCGGGGGCUGGCACUAUUCUGCUUGGACUGAGUGUUCUGAAAGCUGUGAUGGUGGAAUCCAGAGGAGAAGGGCUGUUUGUGUCAACACCCAAAAUGAUGUCCUGGAUGAUAGCAAAUGCACGCAUCAAGAGAAAGUCACCGUUCAGAGGUGCAACGAGUUCCCUUGUCCUCGGUGGAAAUCGGGAGACUGGUCCGAGUGCCUGGUCAGCUGCGGGGAAGGGCACAAGCACCGGCAGGUGUGGUGUCAGUUCGGCGAAGAUCGAUUAGACGACAGAAUCUGUGACCCUCAGACCAAGCCGGCCUCCGUGCAGACCUGUCAGCAGCCAGAAUGUGCGUCCUGGCAGGCGGGUCCCUGGGGACAGUGCAGUGUCACUUGUGGGCGGGGAUACCAGCAAAGAGUGGUGCAGUGCAUCAUUGGGACCUAUGGCGUGUCAGUGGUGGAUGUCAAUGUCUGCAACGCAGCAGCUAGACCAACUGAGGUCCAGGACUGCGAAUUGCCAUCUUGUCACCCUCCGCCACCUGUCCCUGAAGCAAGGAGGAGCACGCACACUGCGCCAAGAACCCAGUGGCGCUUUGGGUCUUGGACUCCAUGCUCAGCCACCUGUGGAAAAGGGACCCGGAUGAGGUAUGUCAGCUGCCGGGAAGAAGACGGCUCCGUGGCCGAGGAGAGCGCCUGCACAGCCCUGCCUCGACCACUGGCAGAGGAGGAGUGUGUGGAGACCCCCUGUGGCCGGUGGAAGGCUUUGGACUGGAGCCCUUGCUCCGUGACCUGUGGGCACGGUAGGAUGACCCGGCAAGUGCUGUGUGUGGACUACAGUGACCACGUGAUUGAUCAGAGCCAGUGUGACACGGACUAUAUCCCAGAAACCUCGCAGGACUGCUCCCUGCCGCCGUGCUCACGCCAGGCCCCCGACAGAGGCCUCGCUCAGCACCCUUUCCAGAAUGCAGGCUAUCACCCCAGGAGCCUCGGCCCCAGCCAGACCCACGUGCUCGGUGGGAACCAGUGGAGGACCGGCCCCUGGGGAGCAUGUUCUAGCACCUGUGCUGGCGGGUUCCAGCGGCGCGUCGUCGUGUGUCAGGAUGAGAACGGAUACCCCGCAAGUGACUGUGUGGAGAGAAUCAAACCCGAUGAGCAGAGAGCCUGCGAGUCCGGCCCGUGUCCGCAGUGGGCUUACGGCAGCUGGGGAGAGUGUUCUCAGCUCUGCGGCGGAGGCCUGCGAACCAGGCUGGUGGUCUGCCAGCGGCCCAGCGGGGAGCGCUUUCCAGAUCUGAGCUGUGAGAUUCUGGACAAGCCUCUGGACCGGGAGCAGUGCAACCCGCACGCCUGUCCCCAGGACGCCGCCUGGAGCACCAGCCCUUGGAGUUCGUGUUCUGUCUCUUGUGGUCGAGGGCAUAAGCAACGAAGUGUUUACUGCAUGGCAAGAGACGGAAGCCUUUUAGAAAGUGAGUACUGUAAGCACCUUGCUAAGCCAGAUGGGCACAGGGAGUGCCGAGGAGGACGAUGCCCCAAGUGGAAGGCUGGCGCCUGGAGUCAGUGCUCUGUGUCCUGCGGCCAAGGCGUGCAGAGGAGAAACGUGGGCUGCCAGCUGGGACCCCGCAAGGCAGCUGCGGAGACUGAGUGCAACCCAUACACCAGGCCGGAGGCGGAGCGCACCUGCAGGGCCCCACUGUGCCCGCUCUACGCCUGGAGGACAGAGGAGUGGCAAGAAUGCACCAGGACCUGCGGCGAGGGCACCCGGUACCGCCGGGUGCUGUGUGUGGAUGAGGACAAAGGCGGCGAGGUGCACGGCGGGCUCUGCGACCCCAGCAAGCGGCCUGUGGACCGGGAGAGCUGCAGCGUGCAGCCCUGCGAGUACAUCUGGAUCACAGGAGAGUGGUCGGAGUGCUCGGUGACCUGCGGGAAGGGCUACAAGCAGAGGCUGGUGUCCUGCAGCGAGAUUUACACCGGGAAGGAGAACUAUGAGUACGGCCACCAGGCUGCCACCAACUGUCCUGGCACACAGCCGCCCAGCGUGCAGCCCUGCUACCUGCGGGAGUGCCCGGCCUCCGCCACCUGGAGGGUGGGCAACUGGGGCAGCUGCUCCGUGUCCUGUGGCCUCGGGGUGCGGCACCGGUCCGUGCAGUGCCUGACCAACGAGGACCAGCCCAGCCACCUGUGCCCCGCCGAGCUGAAGCCGGAGGAGAGGAAAGCCUGCCACAACCUCUACAACUGCGAGCUGCCCCAGAGCUGCCGGGAGGUGAAGCACCUGAACGGCGCCACGGAGGAUGGGGAGUACUUCCUGACCGUCCAGGGGAAGCUGCUGAAGAUCUUCUGCGCAGGGAUGCAGUCCGACCACCCCAAGGAGUACCUGACGCUGGUGCGCGGGGACGCCGAGAACUUCUCCGAGGUGUAUGGGCACAGGCUGCACAACCCGACCGAGUGUCCCUACAACGGGAGCCGGCGGGACGACUGCCAGUGCCGGAAGGACUACACGGCAGCCGGCUUCUCCAGCUUCCAGAAGAUCCGCAUAGACCUGGGCACCAUGCAGAUCAUCACCACGGACUUACAGUUCGCGAGGACCAGCGAAGGGCAUCCGGUGCCCUUUGCCACCGCGGGGGACUGCUACAGCGCCGCCAAGUGCCCGCAGGGUCGUUUCAGCAUCAACCUUUACGGAACAGGCCUUUCUUUAACCGAGUCCGCCAGAUGGAUCUCACAAGGGAACUAUGCCGUCUCCAACAUCAGGAAGUCACCGGAUGGCACCCGAGUCGUGGGGACAUGCGGUGGUUACUGUGGGAAAUGCACUCCCUCCUCAGGCACUGGCCUGGAGGUUCGGAUUUUAUAGUUAAGGUGCCCUGAAGAGGAAGCCGUGAUGGACGGAUGAAGGAUAGUAAUGCAAUACCUCCACCUAAAAUCUGGGCGUGUGUGUGCGUGCGUGUGUGCGUGUGUGGACUUGUAUGCUUGUGUGUGUGUGUGUGUGUGUGUGUACAUAUACAUAUGCAUAUAUAAACCUAUAUAUACACACCCAUAUCUCCGGAUAUGGGUGUGUAUAUUUGUGGAAUGUCCUAAUGAUGUAAAGUUUAAUAUUUAUGUUUGAAAUUAUUUAUUGUGAUGUAAUAUUUUUGUACGUAAAAUGAUUCUAUUAUGACUGCCUUUUGCAAUAUUUUGUUCCUUGCAGUCAGACCACUGCAUUUUACGUACUCUACAUUAUAUGUAGUAUUAUGACAAAAGUGAUCCUUCAUUAUCACGGUACACCAUUGUUUACUUUCUAUAUGUAAAUCUUUUUAUUGCUCAUUUUUUUAAAAAAAAUUGUAAUUUGUUUUUGAAAACAAUCUAGCUAUCAUCAAGGUGCUACAGCGGUAUUUGCCAUUUCUAUGAAAGCGUCGUUAGCCAGUCAGGAAUGUAGUGAUGUCACAGAUUGUUCCAGCUAUGAAUUACAUUAAGUAUCUGUUCAGUUUCAUGUGAACUCUGGGAACAAAAUUGCUGCCUUGGUGCUACUAUUGUAUUAUUUAAGUGAUCUUCAGACUCAGAAAUGCAAACACUUUUAAUAAGGGAGGAACCGAAAGACAUUGUCCCAUGGACGGAAUCACUUGGCCAGAAUGAGACCAGCUGUUUACCCCACUUCCGGACAUGUCUUUCUUGGAAGAGAGCUGUGCUCUGGUCUUUUCAUUGCGAUUGUUGUGAAUAUGCUUUGCUUCAGUUCAUGGUGCCUCAGUCCCUCCGUGUGAAAAUGGAGGGCCCCUCAAGCAGCGUCAUUCCAGAGGCCUUGAGAAAGAGAGGUCCUCUCAGCGUUUCGCUAAGGUUUUCUGAAAUGACGCCCGAGUUUACCAGAUGCGAGACGAGGGUGCAUACGUAGGACGCUGGCUUCAGCACCACCAGAGUGCUGGGAAGUUCAGAGCCAGGUGCUUAGUCAUUGCCUUUUGCAUGAACACAUUGGCUGGCAACACGCCUUUCCCUCCGGCCGCGAGCGCAGGACCCUGCCAGCAUUCAUGGCUGCUGCGGUGACCGGCAUUGGUGACAAGACAGGACCUGUGGGGAACCGGGUUCCCCAGGCUUUCUGACCGUCCAUCACCCCAGUCUGCCACGUCUCUCCAAAUGGAAGUGCCAAAGCCAUCGUCCUGCUGCCUUCCAACCCGACUGGAGGGAAGUCAUUGCCAACGCCCCCUGGCAGGCCCUGCCAACGUCCACAAACCAAAGAGAUGAAGAAAAGCCUGGCAGCAUCCUCCGUGCCCCGGAACUCCAGAGCGUGCCAGGAGAGGGUAGACUCUGUAUGAAUACGUGCUGUUCUCCAUUGUUAACACUUUGCAAAAAUAUAGUAUAUAUGAAUAAAUACCGUGACCACGUCCAAA